GCACCCGUUUGCGCGGUCGUGUCGCGACGCGCCUCGUCCAGUACCGAGCACAACGACAAUGACGCGGUCGGCUCCUCUCAGGGCUUAGACAGCGACACCUCUCAUGAGACGACGAGCCAAGCAGCUUGGUCCUUAAACAAGGGGGCGAACCCGUGCGAGGAGGUGGUGGGGACGAUGAGCCAGUGUGGAGGCUCAGGCUGCGGCAGCCCCGGCUCCGCGGUGCAGCAGGACGCCUUCGGCUGCACCGUGACGAACCGCUUCGACCGGCUCCUGGACGACGACGCCGCCGACCCCUUCGACAUCCUCCGCCAGGCGGAGGUGGAGCGGCAGAGGAGGAAGAAGAAAGAAGAGGCGAAAAGAGGGAACGCGGAGAAGGCUGCGAAGAAGCCGGAGUCGCAGAAAGACAGGAGAGCCCCCCCGAGCGCGAGCGCGAGAGCGGAGCAGGGGCACAACAACAGCAAGCAGGCGCACGUGGCGGCGGGCUGCAGCCCUGCCAGCAGUGGACAGAUUCAGAAUGAGAACAAAGGCAUGGUGGAAGUGGAGAGAGGAGAGAGGCGUGCAGUUUUCCGGGAACGCCGGUUAAAUGUGAUGGAGCCCCCUCAGCAAUCAUUUAUGGACAGGCCAGUUCAUAAGCUGGAGAUGGGUAAUUAUACAAGAGGCACGGGUCGAAUGGGCUAUCUGCGGAACACAGAUGGUUUUGACCAGAAGGGCAAGAGAGAAUUUGACCGUCAAAGUGGCAGCUACAAAUCUAGUGUUCGUCCAGGUGAGAAGCGUGAUGGCAAUGGUCCAAGAAACUGGGGAUCUAUUAAAGACCCAGUGAGUUAUGAAUUGGAAGGAACACCCACAGAGCAAGGGGGGUGUCCUGAGGAGGCAGAUGAAGUUAUGGAAACUGAUGGUGAGAACCGGUCUGCAGAGGGUGAGGGUGAAUCAACCCCAGAGGUCACUGUGGAGAUGACGCUAGAUGAGUGGAAGUCUUUCCAGGAGCAGAGCAGGCCAAAGGUGGAGUUCAACCUCCGCAAAGCAGACUCCAGUGUGUUUUCCAAAGCAGUUGUCAUUCACAAAUCUAAGUACCUGGAGGGUCUGAGAGAGGGGCUAAAUGAGGAUGAGGAUGCCCACUUUUUCCGACGACCUGCCAAUGACAUCACUUAUUCUUUGGACAUCAACUUUGGCAGCCUGGCUCGGCCCAGCCGGGGUGGUCGAGGUGGGCGUGGGGGACGAGGACGCGGAGGAUCGGUUUCCCGCACUGAGACUGUACAGUCUGAAGUGAUCCCGGUUCUUGCCCCAAACCCUGAUGACAUGGAGGACUUCCCUGCUCUAGCCUGAGGAUGCCAUCUACCAAUGGUUCCUCCUGGCUGUUUUCACUGCUCUCUUGCUGCAGUAUUUGUGCCUCUUACAGAUUUGUUGCACUUGUCAAUUGCACAGGGCUAUCAGAGUACUGUAUUUUUCAGAGGUCAUUUUUGCUUCCUCUUUAGUCUGAAUGAAAUAAAUGAAAUUUUGUUAAAAAUAAAAAUGCCCUGUUUGCUUAAAUGCAAAUGGUAUGUUUUGGAAAGUUUGUUUUUAUUUAGAACCCUCCACCACACAGUUUGUAAACUCAUAAUGCUGUGAAAUGUUAACAGAACA